AUGCCGCGGGUUGUCCCCGACCAGCGGAGCAAGUUCGAGAAUGAGGAGUUCUUUAGGAAGCUCAGCCGCGAGUGCGAGAUUAAAUACACCGGCUUCAGGGACCGGCCCCACGAGGAGAGGCAGGCCCGCUUCCAGAACGCCUGCCGCGACGGCCGCUCCGAGAUCGCUUUUGUGGCCACAGGAACCAAUCUGUCUCUCCAGUUUUUUCCGGCCAGCUGGCAGGGGGAGCAGCGACAGACACCGACCCGAGAAUAUGUCGACUUUGAAAGAGAAGGAGGCAAGGUGUACUUGAAGGCACCUAUGAUUCUCAACGGUGUCUGUGUCAUCUGGAAAGGCUGGAUAGAUCUACAGAGACUGGAUGGUAUGGGCUGCCUGGAAUUUGAUGAAGAGAGAGCACAGCAGGAGGAUGCAUUGGCACAACAAGCCUUUGAAGAAGCUCGGCGAAGGACUCGUGAGUUCGAGGAUAGAGACAGGUCUCAUCGGGAGGAAAUGGAGGCAAGAAGACAGCAAGACCCUAGCCCGGGCUCUAACCUAGGCAGUGGCGAUGAUCUGAAGCUCCGUUAGUCUGUCCCAGCAGCAGGCGUCCCACGGCUCUGCACACCUGCAUUGCUUCUACUUGGCAAAAGGAUUUAAUAAAAGACCAGAAACUGUGAUAACUGGGUAUAUUAUGGUCUGUUUCCUGACCCAACCACCCUGAGCUGCCAUGGUUUGCACUAUGUUUAUGUUAUGAUACCUGCAUUUCCCAUUUGGAAGCAUGUAGCCAGUGGCAAUUGGAAAUUUUUUUGGGGUUGUGUUUUUG